AUGAAAAAUAUCUUAGAAAUUGAUCCCUCAAAUGAUCUAGCUGGGAAAUCCAUUCGCCGGCUAGAGACCCUUGCUGCAGUAAAACGGGAAAAGAUGAAGGAAGAAAUGAUUGGUGAGUCUUUUUCUCUUAUUGUUUUUCAAAUAUUUAUAAUGUGCUUUAUUGAUAUUUUUUGUAUGGUGGUUUGUGGCCAUUCUUUAAUUGCGUUUGAUAUUUCCUUCAUUGUUAAAUGUUUGUUUUUUUACACCAUACUGUUUAAUGUCAAGAGAGAUGAUUUAAACUCAUUCUCAUGUCUUCAUCAAACAAUUCAAGCUUCAGAUGGAUGUUCUUGA